GCUCAUCCGUUCCAACUCCGCUUUGAAGUUCAAGGAUGGGCAACUCGACUUCAUCAUCGUCCCAGAUAUGUCUGUGCCAGGAGCUUUCGACGAAGCAUUCCAAGGCGUGAAGUAUAUCAUUCACAUUGCUUCGCCCAUCAGUACAAAGGCCGACGAUGCCGAUACUGAUCUGGAGAAGGCGUUUGUCACAGCUGCCAUCGACAUGACAAGAGAGCUGUUCAAGUCUGCGGGCAAGGCCGACACAGUAAAACGGAUCGUUGUUACAUCUUCAGCUGGCGCUAUCGUGCCAAUGUCCGCAUUUUUCGAGCCCACCAAUACUCCCUUCUCGGCUGAGCUCCGGCAGCCUGAGCUUCCCGGUCCACACGACAAUGCUAUGAGUGCCUACCUUGCUUCGAAGAUCGCGGCUCUGAAUCGUGCUGAAGAAUGGGUCACAGAGCACAAACCGAACUUCGAUGUCAUUCAAGUCCAUCCCAGCUUCAUCCUUGGCCGAGACGACCUGUGCAAGACAAAAGAAACCUUCCAAACAGGCACAAAUCGAUUAGUGCUCAAUCACGCUCUAGGCGUGACGGACUCGCAGGUGCCCGUCCGACCUCCGACUUUCAAUUCGGUACACGACUGUGCUAUGGUUCAUGUCAAAGCACUCGAUCCCAGCGUGGCAGGGAAUCAGAGCUUUAUUGUUUCCAGCGCCGGCGGUGAUGGUUUCGAGUGGAAUCAAGCCAACGAGAUCAUAUUGAAAACCUUUCCCGAUGCCGUGAAAAAUGGCGUCUUGCCCAACAAUGGAUUCACUGCGACCUUGCCUUGCUUGCUCGACGUGGCGAAGACGGAGCAAACUUUCAAUUUCAGGCAUUCUGCAUUUGAGCCUCUCGUGGCGGAAGUGGUCGGACACUAUCUUGAGGUCUUGGAAACAGAGAAGAAGGCUAGUGAGAAGGCAUAAAUCUAAGGCUUUAGACCUCAAGUCAUCCACGACUACAAUCUAGAGGUAGACGUCUGCCAGGGACAUCGAGGCUCGUGUCCAUCACAAGCGGUUUGCUUAGAGGCUGAACUGUUGGUUUCAGCGCUACGAAAAGCGGGCAAUAUUGUAUAAGGACUUCGGCGGCGAGCACUUCAGCCUAGAAAUGCGCCGCUCGCUUCAAGUAUAAGCAAAUCGAGCAGGACCCACAACCUCAAUCAAGCUUGCAUACUCAUUCUGAUCAUGAAUGACCCACCUCCACCCUACCAGAGCUUUGAAGCUUCUGCUAAUCACCCUUUCACUCAAGGACCAGAAGGAAUUGCUCAUCAUUCAAGCGAGCAGUUGCACCACUUGGCCACUGUUGUAGACGUCAAUGCACAGGCCACGAAUUCGUCGUUCGAAUGGUUUGACCAGGAGAUUCAACGCCUUGAUAAGAGAGUCGGACAAUUGGUGUCACUCCCAUCGAGACCAUGUCAGUGCUGCUCAAGAAAUGCUCAUGAUCAGAUAGUAGGUGGGAGUCACUUGAAGAUUGCUAGCAUUUUCGAGCAAGCAGCUAUCAGAGGUGGUGAUAACUGAUCGCUAGCUACGAUUGUUGCAAUCGCGUCAUAGCAUAUACAAGCUUGCUCGAGA